AUGCCUGGUCAACCUUCCUCUCAGCAUGGGGCACCCAAUCAGUACAGUCAAAGCUCCUCCCAAGCAGGAAUUGGCCGUACUAGCAUAGAUCGCGAUGGCAGCGGACUUCAGCCAUUAAAUGGGACAUCGAGUCGGAAUGUGGCCGCCUCCGCCGUCUCUUUUGCUCCUCGUGGUAGCAGUCUCAACCCGACAGUAGGGCCCGGAAGCUUCAGCUCUGAACUCCGCAGUCAAAUGAUGUCGAGCCGCGCAGGCAGCCGAAUGGAUGUGGGAUCAAUGUAUACUGGUAGUAUCAUCGACAAAGUCGACGAGGACGGGACAGAUGCUGCGAUGCAGCAUGCACUGUCCGCUCUGCGAGACAAGUUGAAUCGGGAAAUGAAGAUCAAGGAAGGAAGUGAAAAUAUGCUGGAGGCCCUGAACAUUAAGAAAGCAAAGCAGACGAAAGAGCAGCGUCAACGAGUCGAGGCCGAGUUGAGCGCCAGCAAUUUCAGAAUCAAGGAGCUACGCCAGAAAAUCUCGGAAGCACAACGCACAAGAAUGCCACCUCCAACAACGCCGACUAGGAACCGUGCGCAGGAGACCGUUCCGCAAACGAAUGGCCAUGGCCUGCGGUCACCACCCAGCAUUUCUCGAUCUGCCGCUGGAUCAGACCUUGAUGAGGCUGCGGAAAGUCCGACUUUCGCCCUGGCCGAGCUUCUCCAGGCCCUCGAGGUGGAAGGAAUGACGCCAGAAUACUACGUGAGUAGAGCGAACCUACUUGUUGACCUAUUCAAGCGUCAUCCCGCACUGAAGUAUGAUCUUGUUUGGGCAAUCUUCGGGCUGCGAGUGCAAAUGAUGCUCCUAAGCGAAAGUCGAGAAGUUGCGGCAGCCGGUUAUCGUGUGGCGAGAUAUGCCAUUUCAGACGCUCCGUCCAUCAAGAAAAUCCGCAGCUUUAACACCGACUUUUUAGUCAUACGGUCUUUGAAUAACUAUCGCAAGGCCGAUGUAGAGAGGGAGCAAGCGCUCAAGUUUGUCCGCGCUUUCUUGGAUGUCAAGGAUGGAAUCAAAGAGGUUUCACGAGCUAUUGUCCGGACAGUUGUGGCUGUAGCAGAGCAAGGCGAGGAUAGGCGUCCUGGUAUAAACCUCGCGGAUCAAAGCACCGACCGACUACGGCCUAUUUGCAUUGAGACACUUGCCGAGAUCAUGGUGCGAGACCCGGCACUAUUAAUAGCGUCCGGAGGAUUGGGUACCCUUUCAGAAGCUUUGGCAGAAGGAACGUACAAGUCCCCUGAGAGUCUAACCUCGGCCUUUCUGUUCCUCUUGGAUUCACCGCAGAGACGCAAAUACAUUAUCCCUGGCUAUGGCCUAGAUGUUGUCUUCACCGCUUUCACGGAUCAGCUCGCUGGCGCGGAAGGCAUAUUGAAACAGAAUUCUAGGGCCAUUUCUGUAGCUAUGAGGUCAUGGUCUGGGCUCAUGACCUUGAGCAUGUACGAUUUCCGACCGAUUCGCUCGCUCAUUGCCAGCAUUCUCUUUCCCAACCAAAGUAUUCGAGAGACAGUCUUGGAUCUUCUCUUCUCAUUGCUUCGUAUUAAGCCUCCAGCAUGGGCGACUUCGUUCUUAGCCGGAAGACGCCUCACAACUUAUGGCCGCGUUGCCAAUCUGAAAUCCGCUACGAGGAGCCGGAGUGGGACCUUGGAUAUAGAAGAAGACCCGGGCGAACAAAACUUCGUCGACCAUUACACCUCUCUCCUUCUCGCGGUGUUCAUCAAAUCCGGGCUGUUGCAGAGCUUGCUGCAGAUGGCGCAAUCCGAAGAGGACCCUAUGCUGAAACGAAAGUCGACCUUGCUGAUUGGGGAAGUGCUGAAGCUCUCCAGUCGACUUCUGCCACCUUCAUGGAGUGCUGACUUGCAGCUGCUUCCCGAACUCUUCUCCGCAGCCACCGAGUUUGGAAACGAAGAUCACUUCAAUGCCUCUGGAAUUGUUUAUCAAAUAAGCAGCGUCAGUCGAACACUGUACAGGAGCGCUCCUUCUGAAUCAAUGGCCGGCGGUCUCCCUUCGAGUGACAGUAUGCGCACCUUGGUGCGGCUCGAUGAGCAGCCAAAGUCGACCAAUGUCGCGGUGGCGCUGGACGAUGCUACGUUUCGUCAACUUCUGAUCGACUCCAGUGUUCUUAAUAGCUCCAACUAUAUGAAGUGGAACUGGGAGGUUAUUCUCAAAAUCAUAGACGGCCCUCUUCAAACUGGUAAACGCCUAGAUGAAGCAAUCAAGGCAUCGAAAUUCAUGAAGAGGCUAAUGAGCUUCUACCGUCCAUUCAAGUACAAAUUUGCAGAUGUAAAAAACACAAGGGGCACACAAAAGUAUAUUAGGGCUGGAUGUGCUUUGGUGCAUUCACUUCUUCAAUCGCCUGAGGGAGUCAAGUUCUUAGCGGAUAGUAAGUUGCUGAGGCAAAUUGCUGAGUGCCUGGCGCAAUGCGACCCGACGAGCGGCCUCACUGCUCAGUUUCCCAUGUUUUCGAGGGACCGACUCACCGAUACGCUUUGUGGAGGUUACUUUGCCAUGCUUGGCGUUCUGAGCAGCGAGCCAAAGGGAUUGCUUCUGCUCGAGAGGUGGCGAAUGUUUAAUAUGAUGUACCACAUCGUGGACUUCAAGCAGCGCCCGGAUCUUAUCAAGCUGCUACUCUCUAACUUCGACUACACCCUGCAAGGCCACCCUCGUGUUUUGCUUUCUAAGGCUCUGACUGCCGGGACAAAAGACAUACGAAUACAUGCCACCAAUGCCCUUCGCAAAUGCACUAUUGGUCCAGUAGCCAAUAUCAUUGGUGACAAUGAAACCAGCGACUCAAAAUGGGCUAUCCGCCUCCUAGUCACACAGCUCUACGAUCCUGAGAUUGAAGUAUGCUCCACCGCAAUCAAGAUAUUGGAGAGUGCCUGUAACAAGAAGUUAUAUCUGGAGUAUAUAGUUGAGUGUCGGCCAGCCCUAGAUCACUUGGGAGAAAUUGGUGCACCACUGCUAUUACGAUUCCUAUCCACAUCUAUUGGAUACCACUAUUUGGACGGACUAGACUACAUCAGCAACGAGAUGGACGACUGGUUCCUCGGUCGAAACGAUUCAUAUGUCGGUGUUAUUGAGGCGGGUUUGGCUCGAGCAUUUUUAGCUGACCCAGACGACCAUAGUCAUCGGCUCAGCCUUUUUGAUGACUCAGAUCCAGAGGCGGAAUUUCACGACAGUCACGUCCCACCACAUUUCUACAGAGAGCUAACGAGGACCCGAGAGGGCUGUAAACUGUUGAGAGACAAAGGCCACUUUGAAGAGUUUGUCACAACGAUACGCGACCACGGUAUGCAGACCGAGGACAUGGAGAUAAUGACAAAAGUCAAGGGUUGUCUCUGGGCUGUUGGCAAUGUAGGGUCGAUGGAGCUUGGUGCGCCAUUCCUAGAGUCGAGUGACGUGGUCGGGCAAAUUGUCAAGAUUGCCGAAACGCAUGAUGUGAUGAGCUUAAGGGGAACUGCGUUCUUCGUACUGGGGUUGAUUUCUCGAUCCACCCAUGGGCUAGAAAUCCUUUCUGAACACGGUUGGGAUGCCAAUACGACAUCGUCGGGCACGUCUCUGGGAUUUUGUAUACCAAACGACCUCUCCAAGCUCUUUUCUGUAGCACCAUGGAAACACGUCAAUGUAGCUUCCAUUCUUAUUCCGGACACGCAACGAACUAUUCAAGAACAGCCCCCGGUCCAGCAAGCCCGCCCUCCACUGGAGUACUCCGAAUGUCCACCUUUGUAUAGUGAUGAGGACAUCAACAAUCGAAUUCUAGAGCUUGUUGUCGAUCUCGGCAACAUGGUGCUCUACAAAAAGGCUCUCACAGAGCUACAAAAGCUUAAGCAGAGAAGGCCUAACGCUUUUCGAAGCACAGACUUUUUCAAGAAGGUGAUGGGCCUCAUGGAAUGGAACCACUACAGACUUGGAAUCCGGAGGUUGGUGAUCGACCUGUUUGAGAAGAACGUGAUGCGACAAAUAGUGUUCGGGGACGAUGAGAGCGACAGCAGCGAGGCCAGUAUUGCAGAUGGGGCGGAGGAGAGCGGUGAGGGCAGUUCCGGUGAUGAUCGAACAGAGAGACAGAGAAGCAUCACCGAGCCAACCGAGAUGCCCUCCGACCUCAUGCCAGCGCCAUUGAGGGUGAGAAAAUGA